AUGGAGUCGUACAACCAUUAUCAGAAUUCAUCAUUCAAGACCUCGCCCGCCCAGCGAGAUGCCAGCUCCAGCAAUGCUGCCAUCUAUGUUGAAGCGCGACGUCAGAGAGAUGAACAGUCACAGAUCAAGCAGCUCGCCAAGCGCCGUGAGGGUCUGCCGGCAGAAGAUCCCGGGAUGACGGCUCUGCCCGGCGAGAACGGCACGGGUGCAUCUUUAGGUGACGGGACUAGCUUCAGCAAUGAUAUCUCGGACCGGUCGACCAGUGAUGAAGUUGCUCCGAGGCCGCGCCGCUCUGACACGCCGGCUUACAAAGUGGACAGCAGAGGCAACGUGUAUAGACAGAACCAUAACGGUGUGGGCAAGUGGUGGGCAAAGAUGAAGGGGCUGCUUACUGGGCAAUCGCGUGGCGGACGUGAUCAGGUUAUCGUCAGGUAG